AUGACCACCGACGCCGAAUCGCGACGCGCAAAGAAGCGCCAAACAGACAGGAAUGCGCAACGACAGCAUCGGAAGCGUCAGAAGCAGUACAUCGAAGGACUCGAGGCUCAGAUAUCUCUUCUUAAAUCAGCCGGUAAGACUGAAGCCUCGCAGCUUGCAGCCCAGAACCUGCAAUUACAAGAUGAGCUCCAACAAAUGCGUGGUCUCUGGGACGAGAUGGAGAACAUACUGCAACGCCAACGCGACCUCAGGUCAAGCUCGAUACUCAAUGCGCCAUUGGUCUGUUCUGAUGGUAGUCCAACGCCCAGCUACGAUAGCAAUAAUGAGAGGGACGCUUCGGCACAGGCAUUUGCUGUGAGGUCUUCAAGCUUCAACGACACCACCCAAGUGCGCCCUGCAGUGCAACCGGUACCUGCUGUCGUGGAUGGCCACUUGCAAUCCACCAGACUUUCUGAUCUGGAUGGACUUAUGCUUCAUAACACAUCGUCGAGCCACAAUCUAACAGACGAUCUGAUCCGCUGCGACACCUUGGAUCUUCAUGAUGGCUCCCACCUACUAAGCGCAGACAGUAAUGAGAUGGAUGCGAUUCUGGGAGACGACUUUCAGCUAGCCAGUAUGGAUCAUUUAGAUGAAAGCGACAGGGCCACGACCGAACUCACUCACUCGCAAUCCCUGACUGUCAGGAAUAAAGACACAGACCACUUCUCUGCAAUGGAUUCAUCGCAGUUGCAGACACCUCGAGCGCAUGAGUCCGAAACUGCCAUGACCAUGAGAUGGAUAACCAGCCCAAGCCAUCUUCUCCGUGAAGAUGACGACAUCGAUCACUUCCCAGAAGUCGAGGACAGCUCAUCGCAUCAGCACGAAAAGCAACGUACCCCAGAUCCUCUUGACGGCUUCACAGAGUUAUUCGAUGCAUGCAUGAAGCACAACCUACCUGCCUUCCGCUCAAACAUGCCCAUGCUAAUGUUUUCAUCCGCUGCAAAAGACGUACUGUUACAUGAGAUGAUACAGCGUGCUAGCCAGAACCCAGAGUCCAUCGGUCCCCCAGUUCUGAUUGACUUUCUCGUUGAUAAUAAACAGAAUUCGCUGUCGACUGACCUGAAGGUGUAUCUGGAGCCCGUGCGGAAAACACGGCGGACAUCAGAGUAUCUUGCAACAUACUGGGUUCUGUAUCUAUUAUUGAGGUGGCAAAUUGUUCGUAGUGAAGAUGCCUACCAUAGCUUACCGCCUUGGCUUCGACCUACACCCUUGCAGCUCGUCGUACAUCACCCAAUGGCAGCUGAUCUCAUAGCAUGGCCCGCGAUAAGAGAGGGACUCGUCCAGAUGUCCAUGUCAGAUCCAGAUCGCGUGUAUGAUGUUUCUACAGAUAUUGGGAAAUACCUCACCGUCGAAAUCUCAACGUCCGAGUCUGAUUUAGUACAUGACCCGCAGCAACUCGUCUCCAAGAUUUUGGAUCUGAACAAUUGGAAGCUGGAUAAGGAAUUCUUUAAUCGUUACCCGCAAUGGAAGGGUAACACAACCUGA